AUGACAGAAUUGCCUGGAGAAUUGGUUGAAGAAAUACUCCUAAAGCUAUCAGUAAAAACUCUCUUGUGUUGCACUGGCGUGUGCAAAUAUUGGAAUUCCCUCAUCAGAAGCCCUUCGUUCAUCUACAGGCACCUUUCUUCAACCAAGGAUCCUCUUUCCCUCCUCACUGUUCGCGGCACGGGAAUGGAUCCCAGCAUAGAGUUUUAUUUGCAUUUUGAUGAUGAAGGUUUCAAUGAGUACAAGAAGCUCCAUGUUCCAUUCCAAGGAUCUACCAUUGGAUUCUUCCAGAUUGUUGGUUCUGUCAAUGGCUUAGUUUGCCUUCGCGUUAACUCUGUCACUGAUCAAUUUUUCAUAAAUAUAGACACUUUGAUCCUUUGGAAUCCAGCAAUUAAAAGAUCUUUUAACGUUCCAAAACCCAAUUACAGUGGGGAAACCAUUGUUGGGUUUGGAUAUGAUUCCCGCACAGACGACUACAAGUUAGUAAGGAUAGUCAAACAAAAUCGUUGUUACAGAGCCCAAGUUGAGCUUUUCUCUCUCAACAUGGGUUCUUGGAAGGCUCUCACUGACAUCAUCCCACCAUUGAAGAGUACAGAUUGGGAUUCACCGAUUUUUUCUAAUGGAGUUUUGCACUGGUUAACUUAUGAAAAAGAUGAACACUUUAAUUAUUACAAUAAGAUAUUGGGAUUUAACAUGAGUGAUGAAGAGUUUAAUGAGAUUACGUUGCCUGAAAAUUUGGCUUAUGCAAAUCCAUGGUGCCUCUCACUUUUUGCACACAAGGGAUCAUCAUCAAUUGCUGUGUCUCAAUUUGUGGUAGGAGAACAAGAUUCUACUUCAUCACAGAAUCAUUUAUGGGUGAUGAAGGAUUAUAAUGUGAUAGGGUCAUGGACCAUAUUAUCAACUUUGCCGGUUGAAAUUGGAUGCCCGUUGGGAUAUAAUGGUACUGCGCUCCUAAUCUGGAACUGGUGGUCGCAUCGGAUAAUUACAUUUGAGCUACAAAGCAGCAAAAGCAAGGAUAUUAUCGAUUUGCAGAGAUCAUCAUAUAAUAUUCAUCUGGAUCCCUAUGUGGAAAGUCUAGUGUUGCUCGACAAAGGAUAUCCUGUGGCUCUUCUGUAAAAGUCAAGUAGAAUAAAGUUUACAGUAAUUAGCUUUUGUGUCAGAAGUUGAAUGGAAGAAAGAAUUAGCAACAAGUUUCCAACCCAAAUAAGUGGGCAAGACUAAAUCAAAUGCUGGGAAUGAUCCAUUUAUUUGUAUAAUACAGGAUUUAAUGCUCUGAAUAGCUUAAACCAUCCAAAUAUUACCAGUUUCAGGGUCCCUAAAAUAUUUGCAGUUUUAGCUUUCCAUU